GAGCGGAGAAAGUUGAGGAAAGCCUUAUAACUCCCCAAAGUUCCAUCACUCUGGUGAAAACUCGUCCCAAUCUCCCACUUUGUCCGGAUAAAAGGUUUUUACAGCUGGCUAAAAGGAUUUUAGGACAUUUUCACAGAUAGGAAGGAGGAGGAGGUGACCCUGCCCAGGUUGCUGCUUUCGAGAGCAACAGGACUCUGGGAGUGUUAAGGGAUAGAGGAGAAGAAGGGUCCUUUGAUAACUGGCAUGUAAGAGGGUUGGAGGACGACACCGAAGCAGUGACUGUGUAUCUGGAUGGAUAUCUGUAUCAUCCCAUGGUCGGUCCACUUUAAAGGAUUACUAGCACCACUCUGAUUCCGUUCGCUGAUUCUUCUCAUGCUGCUGCCGGAAUACAAUGAGUUCAUCCACAGAUAAGACUGCGAGUCGCUCAGGUUCAAGCCACAGUCUGCCUUUGAUCGUUACACCAGUAACACUCGCAGCAAAGUAGUGUUGAGGAAAUAAUAUCACAAUUAUUAUUCCUCCUCGUCACCACUGAACUUAAGUACCGACAUUCAGCCCAGAUUCUCAAGCAGCAGCAGUACGGACAAAAUUAUUCCAUAGUCAAGCAGUAAUUACGUUCCGCAGUUUUUGUGAGUUUGUGAUUUAAUUGCAAAGUGAUUUAAGUUGGUGUUUCUCAUCCGAAUUGCCCCUGCUCGCACCUAAUUUCUUGGGAAAUAUACUAUUAAUUUGGGGAGAACGGAUAAAGAAAGUUGACCUGUGGCCUGGUUUCUUGUCCAACGUGUGUUAUGACCUUGCCUGUGCCUAGAACUCAUCCAGAUCACAAUAUGGUGUCCUCUUAUAACCCCUCAACAUUCGCAAUGUUUGCCGGAACUGGUCGCGGUCCAUACCACCCCCACCACCACCACUCUCCUCCAGGCGCUCAGAGUGGUUACUUUGCCCCCGCCACGGCUGCCGCGUACACUGCGUAUGGUCACCCCCACCACCAAGCUUCCAACCCAAGCACGACGUCCCCCUUGGCCGGAAUGGGGCUCAGUUUCGGCCACGUCCCUUCCACUCAGUUUUCCCCACCGGGAGCGGAUUGCAGCCAUCCUGGGGGUGGGCCAGCCGUGAAUGGUUAUCCACACCCCCACCAGUUCAAUUCCAGUGCCGUGAUGGCUAGCGACUCGUGGGCCCAUCAGAGCUACAAUAGUGCCUGUCUCGCUAGGGGUGCGGCUGCUGCGUCCUUUGGCUACGACGAGUGGGGGAGUCACCAUCACGUGGGGAUGGUAAAUCCACACACUGGUCACACCCACCCCCACCACCAUCCGUCCUUCUACCACCAUGCACAACCCUCCCCACCCUCCUCAACCCCGUCCCCACAUAAUGCCCAAGGGCACCUCAGCAUUAGUGCCGUCACCUCGAACAAUAAUGUCAGCACGACGCCUCAAUCUCCAAAUAAUAAUAACUAUCCCAACAACAACAACAACGUCUCGUCGAAUGGGAGUCCAUCAUUCAAAACGGAGUUUGGGCCGUGUUCGGGAGGAAAUCAGGAACCUCAACUGCAGCAAGACCUGUCCUCAACGCAGGGCGGCGGCGGUGGUGGCGUGGCUGUCAACCCCACCAACACACCCCACUCACCCGAUUCCGGGAUGGCAAUUUCCGACGGCGUGUCCUCCUCUGGCUCACCCGCCACUGCGAAUAACGGCGGGUUGUAUGGAACCGGUGGGGGUGGGGGUCAUGGGGGUGGUGGACCGGUGCAGUGUUUGGGAGGUCCGGCUUCUUCCGGAGCGGGGUCGUCGGCCUCAAUGUCCUCCUCGGCCUCGUCCACGGGGGAACUUCACCUCAAUCCGCACCAGCAAGGAUCUCAUCAAUACAAUCUCACCCACGUGGCGGCGCAACACCACACCCACAUGUCCAGUCCUCUCCUCAACGUGCGACCCACGCAGGCCAGGAGUCCGUACGAGUGGAUGAAAAAACCAGCCUACUCAUCCGUCCCCACGUCCUCCUCAUCUUCCUCCAACAACGGUAAGUUCGAAUUAUCAAAAACAAGAACAAAGGACAAGUACCGCGUCGUCUACUCGGACACGCAGAGGUUAGAGCUCGAGAAGGAAUUUCACUACAGUCGCUACAUCACGAUUAGGAGAAAGUCCGAGCUGGCCGUGAACCUUGGCUUAUCCGAGCGACAGGUGAAAAUUUGGUUUCAAAAUCGUCGCGCCAAGGAGCGUAAGAUCCACCGGAAGCGAGAAGAGAUGAUGGGUCGUGACAAAUUAGCGAAUAUGGUCCACAUGCAAAUGCCAGGUAUGGGCAACUCCAUGUGCAACCAAACCAUCCCGUUGAUGUAAAUUAAACUCUUUAGGUAUUACUACUUAAACUAAUUAAUUGCUAUUCAUUAGUCCCACAAAUUACCCAGACACAAUUACUAAAACUAUAUUGUUCUCCCACCACCACCACCAGUACUAUAUUAUUAUAAGUAAUAACAUUUAUAGUCAUUUUACUCACCACUAAAAAAUAGUAACUGCAUAGCGUGUACUACUACUAAUCCAGCAUCCAAUCCAAUCCAUACAAAGGUACAAUACAACGUCCAUCAUCAUCAAUUUACUUAUUGUUACUUACUACUCAAUAAUCGACAGCGUACACAUUGUAAACUUUUUAGUGUAGAAUCAUUCUGUAAAAACACAAUGUACAGUGUACAACUAAGCCGAUGGUAUAUGUGUAAUAAAUGAGUUUAGGACUACACGUAGGUCAUAAUAAGAAUAGCAUAAUUUCAUAGGGUAUCCACCGACCGGGCAGGAUAGAUAGAUUUGUAGGCAAUAUUACCUUACUGAUGAUGAUUCCGAUGUGAAAUACGAGUCUACUUUAUGUCUGCAUGCAUUCCAUCCUCCUAAUAAGCAAAAGUACUUAAUUACUGUAAAAACUAAUCAUGAUAAUGUACAUCCUAAGGAAAGUUCUUAGGAUAUAGUUAAUCUACUACAACCCCGAGUUUAUUUGCCCGUUUUUUUUACUAUGUAACAGGUCGUGUACUUAACUACUUAGUUUAAUUAAAUAGACGUUAAUCCACAAGUUUAUUUUGUUUUACUCCUUAUUUUACAACUAGAAUAAUACAAAAUUCCAUUAAUGACUCGA